GUAACAAUUCGGAAACUCAGUGUCCUCCUCGAUCUCCUAGGUCUGAAGAGCGGCUGCAAAGAAACAGCUUGUGCACAAAGCCAUCCCCCAUAACCCCAAACAAACAAACCACAGUUUGUGUGAUUCAUUCAGUGAAAAAAUAGAACAGAAGCUAACAAAAAAUGGAAGAUGUAAUAACAGAAGCAGCACCACCAUCAAGAUUACUAGAAGAAGACCUAAACAAUUUCACACAACCUUCUCCACUUCUUCCUUCACCUUUUCUCCUCUUCCGCCACCCUCAACAACCCCUUAAACCUAACCUCCUCAUCAUCGCUAUCUCUCCACCUUCUCUUUCUCUUUUCCACAAAUUCCUCACUCCUCAAACCCUAACCGCCUCACUCAUCCUCCCUGAACUCCCGUUCUCCAAUCCUAACAAACAUACCCUCGACAUUCACUCUCUCUCCUCAAACAUUCUCAUCGCCGCCGUUCGCAGUCCUAUUCCUGAUGUUCGUGCUUAUGCCGUUGCUGAUGUUCUUCUCAGCGAUAAGAUCCAACCGGAGUCGGUUAUUAUUCUUGAUUCUAUUAAGCCGAUGAAUCACCGCGGGAUGCUUUCGUCGGAUGAGGCGGUGGCUUUUAAACUUGAGAGCUUUGCUGAAAGGAAUGUGGAUGGAGAGAAGUUGUUGGAUGGAUUGGAGUAUUAUCCAUCUGGAAGUGUUGUUGAUGGUCUUGGUGCUGCUAUUCUUGGGAGAUGUCAGAUUUUGAAAAUUAGGGCUGGUUUGUGUGUUUCUUGGCCUCAAUUUGAUUCAUCUGUUGUUUUUUUGUUGAAGGAUUUGCUUCGUGGUUUGAGAGAGUUUGAUUUUGGUUUGAGUGAUGAUGAGGUUUUGAAAUUUGGGAGGAGUAAGGAUCAUGUUUUUCAAUCUCACUUGUAUAUUUGAUUUUUACUUGUUAUAAUGUGACUGGCUCUUUAGAAUGUUAUUCUGGAUGAUUUCAAUGUUUUGAUUUUUAUGUUAAUUUUGGAUGUUUGUAGCUAAGCUUAUUUGAGAAAAUGAUAUAAUUCAAUGUAAUCGUAAGUGUCGGUGUCGAACACCAAUGUGUGUCUGACACUUAAACAUAUGGCUAAUAUGAGGAGUGUCUGUGCUUCGUAGGUUCAUUAUAACAACUGGUUUUGGAUAUCAAAAUUGCCUUGUGAUUCAUGUGAUGCAAUAAUUAUCUAAUGUUAUGGUGGA